CUAUAAUAGUAAAGUUUUUUUUUUAAUUUACAGAGCUAAAAAAUAAUAAUCUUUCUUGACGAUGGAUGAUGAACUGGAUUUUGAUUCUGCUGCUAAACCUUCAAGGGAUGUAAAACGAGGUCGAAGAGCAGGUGUUUCAAAUCCGAGGAAUCCUCCGGAUGCCCCAGCCUUUGAAAGCCCUGCAGAUUCCCCAAAACCCACACGAUCUCAACCAAGAGAUGAAGAUGAGGGUGGACCACCUCCAAAGCCAAACAGGGUUUCUGGAUGGGGAGAGGAGAAUCCCAGGAAAAGUCGAAAACUCGGAGAAGGAUUUGACUUUGAUGAUGAUUUGCUGGAUGACAUUGACAGUCGUUUAUUUGGUGAGAGAUUGAGGCCUCAUUCACCUGAUAAAGAGGAAGAUUCUGACACAGAUAUCCCAGUGAUUCCUGAUCUUGAAGAGCAACAGGAUGAGGACAUGACAACAAAGAUCGCCAUGGCACCAAAUGUGGCAGUCAACAGAGUGGCUACGUACCGGGAGCUUGACCAUGACCUUCAGAAACAAGCUGCUUUUCUAACACUGGACAAUGAGAUUGACCUAAAGUUACUGACCAAGUCCUUGUCAGCUGACGCUGAUCUAUUUGAAGAGGACCGGCCUUGGGAUUGGGAUCGGCUGUUUACGGAGGUGACAUCAGAACUGUUUACACAGACCGAGCAGACGGAGGAAAAUGACUUCGGGGAUCAAGUUCUACCUUAGGACUGCUAACAUGAGACUUGUUGCAGGGCUUCUGCAAUGCAAAGGGCCUUGUUUAAAGAUUUAAGUACAUAUGUACAACCACUUUGUUAGUUAUUUUCAAAACUUUCAUUGAUUUAUGUGGUCUAUAUUGUUCGCCUUUACAACAAUUUGAUAUAUUGUUGAACUUUGCACCAUCUUAGGGAACAGUAUUUAAUACAAAGUAAAAUGUACAGAUGUAAAUCUGUGUGUACCUGUACUUCUUGUUUUAUGUAAUUGAAUAUUGAAGGUUUUACAGCAUCCGUCCAUACAUGUAAAUUAAAAUUGAAGACUUGA